CACAGAUCAAAAAAAAAAAAAAAAAGGCAACAAUGUCAAAAACACCCACACUCCCACCCGGCUACACCCUCCGCCAAGGCUACCCCUCAGUACGAGAUUACAUCCACCUCCGUUCCGCUUCAGGUUUAUCCCCGCAUAGCGCCGCCCAAGCAGAGGCUGCAAUGCGCGGCAGCUGGUAUGGAUGCUACGUUACAUACAAUGAGAACCCAGAGCAGAAUGACAAGGAUACCAAUAUAUCCCACACAAACAAUACAACAAGCCAUGAAUUGAUAGUCGGCAUGGGUCGUGUCAUCGGUGACGGCGGCUGGUAUUUCCACAUCGCCGAUAUGGCCGUGUUGCCUGAUCACCAGCGCAAGGGACUGGGCGAUGCGAUUUUGAAGGAUCUUAUGAACAGAAUUCGUUCGCUGGCACCUCCUCCUGAAAGAGCGGCAGAUGGGAGAUUGAUGGGUACCUAUGUGAGCUUGUUUGCUGAUGUGGCGGGUCGCAAGUUGUAUGCUAGGAAUGGGUUUGUUGAUUCCAUGCCGCAUUCUAUGGGUAUGGUGCAGUUGUGGGAUAGGGAGUCUGCUUCUGAUGGUGGCGUUUCUGAGAGUUAGUGGUGGUGUUUUUACCUGCAAGAAAUGGGAUAAAAUAGUGUAUGCCGGGGCAAAGGUUGACAUGGGUCCAGACAGGCUAAACCAACAAGCGUAUUUACGCCAGCUGUUAUUUAAUCAUUAUGGCAGGUUAUGAGCGAUAAACCUAAAC